UGUCAACAGAGACGCACGCUCGGAUCCUAGCCGGGAAAUUUCAAUGCAGGCAGUUUCACAUGGUAUAGACGGAUACACGGAUCUGACACUGGAUGGGCUUGUGAGCCCUGCAUUUACCUAAACAUGGGAUGUGGAUUGUUUUAUGGUGUUAUCUACCUAACCUGCGUAUGUGUUGCAUUAGGACAAGAUGAAGACUUGUUCCCAGUGGUGUUUAACCUGGCCUCCAGAGCCCAAAUCACUGCCAAUGCAACGUGUGGAGAGACCUCAGAAGUGUUUUGUAAACUUGUGGAACAUGUGCGGAUAUUCCCGGCUGAGAAUCGGCACUGUGAUAUUUGUGAUGCGAGGAGUUCGAAUCCCGCCCAGCGCCAUUCAAUCAGAAAUGCCAUCGACGGGAGCAACCAAUGGUGGCAGAGUCCAACGCUGACCAAUGGGUAUAAAUACAACUAUGUGACGAUCACCUUGGAUCUAGGGCAGGUUUACCAAAUAGCGUAUGUGAUAUUGAAGGCUGCCAACUCUCCAAGACCAGGAAACUGGAUCUUGGAACGGUCACUAGAUGGCACCACCUACCAGCCAUGGCAAUACUUUGCGAUGACAGGCCGUGAAUGUCAGGAAGAGUAUGGCCUUGACCCCACAUAUGGAAUACCAACAUCAUUAGGUGAUGAUGAAGUGAUAUGUACCACCCGCUACUCUCAUCUCAUUCCACUGGAAAAUGGAGAGAUUUUUAUUUCUCUAGUCAAUGGAAGACCAGGUAUUAACCAGCCAAGUAAAGUGCUUUUGGAUUUUACAUCAGCCAGAUUCCUACGCAUGAGAUUCCAGAAGAUUCGCAACCUCAAUGCUGACCUGAUGACCUUCCGAAACACCAACCCACAAGAAGCUGACCCCUCUGUCACAAGAAGGUAUUACUACUCCAUCAAGGACAUCUCAAUAGGGGGACACUGUAUCUGUUAUGGACAUGCCAAACUGUGUGGUCGAUAUGACUCAGAGCCUAAUCGCCUCAAGUGUCAGUGUGAGGACAAUACUUGCGGUGACAACUGUGAGAGGUGUUGUCCAGGGUACCAUCAGAAUGGCUGGAACAAUGGCAAUGGCGUCAAACACAUUUGUGAACCCUGUAACUGCCAUGGCAAGGCAGAUGACUGUGUUUACAAUGCCACAGUGAAUGACCUAGGCCUCAGUCUCAACAUGGAGGGCAAAUAUCAGGGGGGAGGUGUCUGUCUGAACUGUCGGGAGUUCACAACGGGUAUUAACUGUGAGCAGUGUAUUGAGGGUUACUACCGACCCAGCAGACUCGCUCUCACCGAUUCCUUCCCGUGUCGGCGCUGUAACUGUCAGGAGACGAUGACGUCCAGCAGCACCUGCAUCACGGAUGACAGUCGUGUUAGCGAGGGCCUGAACCCUGGUGACUGUGUGUGCAAGCCCGGGUUCUCGGGGCGCGGCUGUAAUAGAUGCGCCUAUGGCUACUACGGGUUCCCCAGGUGUCGGAUCUGUCCCUGUAACCCUGCUGGGAGUGUCAACCCAGAAGAGUGUCGCCGCAGGUGUCGAUGUAAGGUCAAUGUGGAGGGUAAGCACUGUGACCAGUGUAAGCCUGGCUACUACAACCUGGACAAGGACAACACAGAGGGCUGUACACAGUGCUACUGUCAUGGAGUCUCCUCGGUCUGCAAGUCUGCUGAAUGGGGACUCAGUCAGGUGAACGACAUGAAUGGAUGGGUGUUGUCCACGAGGGAGCCAGGGGGACUCACCCUCCUGCCCAGGAUGUUCGGGGACUGGCUGGAGGCCAAGACGUACCUCCUGAAUGGCGGCAGUGGUAGUGGAGGAAGUGGGUGGCCGGUGCAGCAAGCGGACAUCUUGUACUGGGUCGCUCCCAUGAUGUUCCUAGGCAACAGGUUGACGUCCUAUGGUGGAAAAUUGGCUUACACAAUUAAAUACACAAUAGACGAUAACCUGGACCUGCGUUAUCACUUGAGUGAACCUGAUGUUAUCAUAGAGGGAAAUGGCUUCACCAUCAUCAACGGGAAACAGUUUCUUCGAGAAAAGGAAGAAAACAGCCUGAUGGUGAGACUGCAUGAAUCCUACUGGAAGAAGCUGGUGCUCCGAGGCAACAGUUUCCAGGAGGAGCCGGUCUCUAAACAGGAGUUCAUGCUGAUCCUGCAAGGCCUGACCAAAAUCAUGAUCCGAGCCAGCUACCACACUGCACAGGACACCAUAUACUUGAAGGACGUGACUCUAGACACUGUGAGUCCAAUAUCCCAGACCAACAUCUCCCUGCCAUCGGUGGAACAGUGUGUGUGCCCAAUGGGAUACGCUGGUCUAUCCUGUGAAAGUUGUGCGCCCGGUUACCGCCGCCUCAACAACACUCUGCACCGAGGCAUGUGUCUCAAGUGUAACUGUUUCAACCAUGCCAUGCAGUGCGACCCUGUGGAUGGCAAGUGCCACGAAUGUCAACACAAUACCAUGGGGGCCCAGUGUGAUAGGUGUUUACCUGGUUACUAUGGCAACCCCAGACGUGGAUCGCCUGACGACUGCAAGCCCUGUGCAUGCCCCCAUCAGCGGAGAGAUGGCAGCCCAGACCUGUGUGAAUUUGACCCCACCCCAGAGAACAGGGAUGACUACAAGUGUUCAUCUUGCCCUGAGGGUCAGGCGGGGAAGCAUUGUGACAGAUGUGCUGCCGGCUUUUAUGGCAACCCUGACGUUGAGGGUGGGUCGUGUCGCCGCUGCUACUGCAGUGGCAACAUCGACAUGGGUGACCCUGCAUCAUGUGACCCUGUGACCGGCCAGUGCAGGCGGUGCAGCAACAACACUCAGGGCGAGUACUGUCAGAAGUGCAUGCCAGGCUACUAUGGUUCUGCUGUACAAGGGAACUGCCGAGCAUGUAACUGCUAUGAAAAUGGGUCCUACUCGAGUGAAUGUGAUGAGAGGAACGGUCAGUGUUCCUGCAAGCCUCGCUACACGGGUCGUCAGUGUAACUCCUGCCAGCCUGGGUAUGGAGAUAUCACUAAUGGCUGCCCCCAGUGCCGCUGUAGUCGUAUUGGGUCCACCGACCUCCGAUGUAGCUCAGUCACUGGUCAGUGUCCCUGCAGGCCAGGCAUUGGUGGACUCAGCUGUGACCGGUGCAAGGACGGCAUGUAUGGCUUCCGAGGUGGACGCUGCUCAGACUGUGAGUGUUUUGGUCCCGGCACCAAUGGAAGCAUUCGCUGUGACCAGAACAGUGGCCAGUGCGAGUGUCACCCGAACGUCAUGGGCCGCAAGUGUGAACAGUGUCAGGAUGGAUUUUGGGGCAUCCAAUCUGGCAUGGGUUGUCUCCCUUGUGACUGUGAUCGUAUCGGGGCAAGCAGUCACCAGUGUGAUACUAUUGACGGCCAGUGCCCAUGUCGAGCCAAUGUUGGCGGCAAGUUCUGUGACCAGUGUCUGCCAGGCUAUUAUGGCUUCAACUAUGAUGGCUGCAAGAGAUGUGAGCGAUGUGAUCUCCCUGGUCACAUAUGUGACCCCAGGACAGGAAAAUGUGUAUGUCCCCCCAACACAAAAGGACCUCGCUGUGAGGACUGCCUCGAUAACUGCUGGGGCUACAACAAUGAGACAGGCUGCAAGAAAAAUGUUGAAGGACGGAAGUGCUCCAAAUGUCGGAGGAAUACAUUCAGCCUUGACGAAGACAAUCCUAGUGGCUGCACAGCCUGCUACUGUUUUAUGAAAACCCGGACAUGCUCCCAGGCCCCCUAUGUGUGGUUGACUAUCUCCGCACCCACGAUGAGACGGACCAUCUCCCAGCUGGGCCCUAAUGUCAUACAGGACAUGUUCGGCUUCCACAUCAUCCCCUCUGAUGUGGACGAGGUUGCAGUGCCAACCACGAUGACGGACAAGGCUCUUUAUUGGUCCCUCCCUGCCACCAUGCUGGGAGACAGGAUCCUGUCCUACAAUGGCCGCCUUGACUUUGUCCACUAUUUCGAAUCAGACAAACCUGUCUUUGGAGGAGGCUUUGGAUCUCAGGAUGACAGCAAGUUGUCUCCCCUUGUUGUCCUCAUUGGCAAUGGUUUCAUCUUGACCUACAACAACACCAUGACCCUUGAACCUCGACACCCGGACACCUUCACCGCAAGAUUACAUGAGAACUACUGGCGUAUCCCGGGGCAGACGUCGCCGGUUUCUCGCCGUCUGCUCAUGGUGGUGCUCCAGCACCUGGAGGCCAUCUUUGUCCAGGCCACCAGUGACGGAUAUGCAACAUACGCUGAAUUGGGCCCAAUUAGUUUGCAAGUGGCGGAACCAGCCACAUCUAUUUCAUCUGGGGACGUAGCCCUUGGUAUUGAGUUGUGUGAUUGUCCUGAUAAAUACUCAGGCACAAGUUGUCAGAAUCCUGGUGAGGGGUACUUCAGAGAAAAGCAAAAUGGCACCAAUGACCUUUCUCAACCUGAAAUUACCAUUGGUCGAAUCAGACGGUGCCGUUGCCAUGGACACAGUGAUGUUUGUGACCCUGAAACAGGACUGUGCAUGGAGUGCCAGCACAACACUACAGGAGACCGGUGUGAUCAGUGUCUGCCAGGGUACUUUGGGGUGGCAACCCGUGGCUCCCCCUGGGAUUGUUCUCCCUGUGCUUGUCCCCGCAUAGAACCCUCAAACAGUUUCAGUUCAUCGUGUGAGGACAUAUCAGGUGUGCUGACCUGCACCAACUGCUCAGAGGGCUACACAGGGUCUAGAUGUGAAAGAUGUUCACCUGGUUUCUAUGGCAACCCACUGAAACUUGGCAGCGAGUGUAAGCCAUGCAAUUGCAACAAGGAAGGAUCUGUGACUGCCUCGUGUGACGUGAACACGGGCCGCUGUGACUGUCUGCCCGGUAUUGAAGGCCUCAAGUGUGAUGAGUGUGAUGUUCAUGGCUUUGCUGUACAGAAUGGCACCUGUGUUUCAUGCUACACUGGCUGUCCGGGUGUUCUGUUGAAUGACCUCAAGAACAUGACCUUGGCAGUGAGUCUACGGAACAUCACGGUGCCAUUACCCUGGAAAGAACUUCGGAGGAUCCAGAACGAAACAGUUGAACUUCAGGCCCUUGUGAACAUUUCCAAGAUGGCAAGUCUGGCCAAUGUCUUUGACUACAGAAACCAAACUGAAUUUUUCAAGGAUGUGGCUGAGCGACUUAUGAAUAGGGUGAGCCGCACCCAGAGACGAAUUAAUGGCUUGAUUGACGAUGCCUCCAAGAUGCUGAACAAUGCCACAAAGAUUGAGGACAACAUUAGCAGAUUGUUUGACGACAUUAGGGGUGACAUUAAUGACCUGGAGACUUUGGUAGAGAGAUUGUUCAACACUCAGUCAGGCGUCAAUAUCACUGCAGCAUUUGCUGAGGCACAGCGUAUUCUGAAUGAGAUCUUGGGGCGAGAUUUCAGCAGAAGAGAUGAUGACUCGUAUGAUGAAAGGAAGCUUGCAGAGAAGUUACUAAGAAGAGUGCUCAGGUUAAAGAGGAAGAACUUCAAUGCAACAGACACGGAGAAGAACCUGAAGGUUCUGACAGACGCUCUGGAGGACCUAAAGAAUCAAUCCCAGAAGGCUAGCGAUGUUGCCAGAAGGGUCCUGCAGGAGGAGACUCUUAGACUUGGUGCCAAGCUGGCGGACAUUCUGGAAAAGUAUGAUGAAAUUGAAGACCUGGGUUCUGAUACCAGCAACCUGGUGGCAGAUGGUAACUACUACAUCGACGAAGCCCGAGACUUACUGGAUCGGCUUAAAGAAAAUAUCUGGACUCUGCAAAAUCGCCACUCUACUCUGGAUGCUGUAACUGACCGUCUGACAGAGAUCGUGGGGAACCUGAAGCGGACAGUGCCCCGAGUGACGAGUAUGGUGGACCAGGCCUGGGAUCAUGCCCGGAGACUGGCCAGAUAUGCCGCAGAACUAGACAGAUUGUUUAACAAGACACGAGUGAGUGCGGAGGAUGCCUUGAGGGCGGCGAAGGUGUACGAGAACAUUGUGAAGGCCAUUGAGACUGCAGAGGAGGCAGCCAAAGAUGCCUUGAGCAAAGCAAGGGAUGCCGUCAGACUAGCAAACUUGGACAGGAUUCGCUAUGAUGUUGAGAAGUCCAUUAACCGCAGUCGUGCUCUGAAGAAGCAGGCUGAUGAGAAGAAGGAUGGAGUUGACGUCCUUGAUGCUGACCUGAUCUUCCUCCAGAAGGAUGUGGAUGGGGUACAGAAGGUCCAUGAGGACACUCGGAGAAUGCUGGACAUGUUGAAGAGAGACAUGGCCAGGCUGCCCUCAGGUUUUCGUGACCAGCUGGGCAGGCUGACCCAGACUGUGGACGAUGCAAAACGCAAGGCCGGUCGUACCAACAGGAAGGUGGACAAACUCUUGGACAAGAUGAAGAAACUUCGUCCCAAGAUGGAGGAUCUCCAGAAUCAGAACACCCAGUUCCUCAUUCAGCAAGCUUCAAAUCAACUGGAAAAGGCUCGGGAGAACAAGAACAAGAUACUGGGCAUCAUGGGUAAUGUGCAGCAGCAAGCGAUACAGUCCCAGAUGCUGCAGAACAACGUCUCCCGCAACAUCCUGCUGCUUCAGGAGCGGAUCAGGCUGGCCAGGGAGCUCGCCAACAACAUGAAGCUUUCUAUGAAGGGAGAUGGGCGCUGUGUUCGAUCGUACCGUUCCAUCAGUCAGCCUGGUGCCACCAAUGACAUCAGCUUCGGCUUCAAGCUGAACAAGACUCAGGACAGCAUGCUUCUUGUCCUGAUACAGAAGUCACGACAGGAGUUCCUGGCAUUGGAGCUAAUCAACAACAGGAUCCGGUUCACAUGGGACAAUGGUGGAGGUCAAGGAUCAGUGACCCAUGACGUGGAGGUCAAGCUGACCCCGGCUGACACACCCGAGGGAGACAAGUGGUACAGAGUAAUUGCACAAAGGAUCGGGCGUAUUGGGCUGCUGAAGGUGUAUCAUGUGAAGGACUCCGAGACCACCGCCAAGGAGGCCAGUGGGACUUCCCCAGUGGGACACUCCGUUCUCAAACUGGAUCUCGAGUCAGACGUUUUCUUCGGGGGAGUUGAUGCCCAAUUUGAUACACCUCCAGGCAUAAGCCGAAGGAAUAUGACUGGAUGUAUCGGAGAUAUGAAAGUUGACAGGAAAGCUGUGGGCAUGUACAACUUCAAGAACACGUCAGCCUCAUGCCUCCCUUGCAAUGAAGUACCUACCCGGCCUAUCAGCACCAAUGAGUACCACUUUGAUGGCACAGGAUACGUGGAGAAGGACCGUGAUUCCUACCGCAGUGACAGAAUCAAUGUGGCAUUUUCCUUUAAAACCUACUGGGAAAAUGCCAUGUUGCACUUCUCAGGAAACCCUGAUAUGGGUGACUUCAUGUCCAUUGAGCUGCGCGACGGCAAGGUGAUGUUCCAGUUCUACAAUGGGGGCAUGAGUCUGGGCAAAGGCAUGACCAAGAAUAAGUACAACAAUAACAAGUGGACUAAAGUGGGAAUAGAACGCAAUAAGCUACAAGCAUUGUUAAAGGUGGAUGACGAACAAGUGUUCAUUGAGGCCAAACGAGGCAACAACGGCCUUGACCUUAAAGGCUAUCCAUUCUUUUUUGGUGGCAUUCCAGCAAGUCUUGACCUUUCCAAGUAUCAGAAAAUCACCACCUUCGAGACCAACAACUUCUUUGGCUGCAUGCGUGACGUCGGGCUCGGCGGGUUCAGCACCACCAUGCAGAACCUCUUCACUGGCAACUCCGUGGGGAUGUCGGCGGGCUGCUCCAGCACUGGUAUUCGUAAAUCUGGUUUCCAUGGUGAAGAUGGCUUUGCGAUGUUUAAGGCAGAAAGCAUGCCUGAUGAAGCAGAUGUCUCAGUGUCCUUCAUAACAAAACAGAGAGAUGCCAUGUUGCUUCUAGCAAUGGAUCAUAAUGAUAAUUUCUACUCUCUCUCUCUCUACAAUGGCCAAAUUGAGGGCAGGUUUGCCGCUGGGGGGCGACCUAUUGUUCUUCAGUCAGCUGACACAUACAAUGAUGAAAAGUUGCACAAUAUUGCUGUCGUCAAGUCUGGCAGAACAUUGACAAUGAUAGUUGAUGACAAGAGAGUUGCUGAGGAGAGCCUUCCUAUCGGGAUAAACACCAUCCCGAUUGACCCUGACAAGGGUCGCAUGUUCCUGGGAGGGCUCCCUGGGGGGUUCGAUGCCAGCAACAUGGUCGCCUCCAGGGAGUCCCUGGACGGCUGCAUCAGCGACAUCAUCGUCAAUGGAAAGCUGAUUAACCUAAAUCUUCCAGUUGAAUACAAGAGAGCUGAUAUUGGACGAUGUCCAUAUGAUCUGAACAACUUGUUCAGCUUUGCAAACAACCACAACAACAACAACAACAACAACAACAGUCUGAAUGGCUUGAAUACACCCAGCUUCCCUGAAACCGCAGCCUCACGUGUACUCGGACCCCCUCCACCUUCUCCGCAGUCUGGGAGUAAAACAGAAAGUACUACUACUACCACCACUACCACUACCACUACCUCUACCACUACCACAACAACAACCCCAACAACAACAGAAAACUCAGCUACAGCAUCAACGACAGAACCACCAGAAUCCUGUGGCCGCGAGGAACCACAAUCAUUUGAGGAAGCCGCUUUUGUGUUUGGAAACAGUGAAAACAGUUUUGCCGAAAUUAAGUUCAGGAGGAAAGAAGUAGUCAAGACAUUCAACAUAUCGUUUAGCUUCCGUUCAUAUUACGCUGAUGGGUUGCUUUUCUUGCUGACCAACCAAGGCAAUACCGACUACCUGGUGGUGCAGCUUCAGAAUGGAGAAAUAGUCUUGUCCUACCGCCACAAGGCAGACCAGCACAGCAUCCGAUCUGGCCGACGCCUCGGGGAUGGAAAGUGGCAUUCAGUGGUUGUUCACAAAGGCAGCCGAAACAUCCACCUGAAGGUGGAGAACGAGAAUCGCAUCAAGGAGCCUAUUGCCCGGAGACUGGACAUUGCUGCACCCAUGUAUGUUGGGGGGCUGCCCGACACGUACCCCAGCUCUGUGGAGAACUUUGUACCACACAGUCUUCGUGGUUGUCUGCGGAAGUUCACCAUCAAUGGGGAAGUGAUUGACAUCGCUGAUACAAAGGUAAUCAGCGGAGUUGGGCCAUGUAACAAGAAUGUGGAGCCUGGAGCCUCCUUCCUAGGCAACUCCUGGGGAAUUUACUCCAUUCCAUCAGGACCCAAUAUUACUUCACAAGCAUUCCAUAUAGGAGAGUUCCUGAAGAUCAGCCUGGAAUUCCGAACCAACUCCGGAAAUGGCACACUUGUCACAAUUAGUAGCGAAUCUGGGGACCUUGGUAUGACCUUGGAGGUGUACAAAGGAAUGGUUCAAUUCACCAUUAAGAACAAUGACGACAAGUUCACAGCUUUCUCGCCAAAUACAAAACAGUACAUUCCCUGUGAUCAGAAGUGGCACCGAGUGACAGCAGAGGUCAUACGGAAUGUCGUAUCCAUAGAAGUGGAUGACUGGGGCAAGAGAUUUGGGCCAAGCCUCGGCAGCCUCCGCACCACCCCGACAGACAGCCCCAUGUUUAUAGGGGGCAUGCCAGAGAGUUUCCCCCAAGUCGCAGCCUCCACCCGAGAGGGUUUCAGUGGCUGCAUGAGGAAUGUCAACAUUGAUGGGAACGUGGUGGACUGGUACUCGCUGGUCGAUAGCCGCAAUAUACGGAGAACUGCAUGUCCAGCUGCAUAAAUCCUCAUUCUAGAAAACAUGCAAACUUUGGUAACAUGUUAGUUUGACAAAUUUUACAGUUAAAAAAUAGAUAUGAAAGGAUUAUGAGUUUCAUAUUUACUCAUUCAUUCAAAAUUUUAACCUUUUUAGUUGUUGCUAUUUGUUAAUACUAAUUUUUGAUAGAACUAAUUUGAUUUUAUCUGAAGUGAAGUGUUUGUUUUUCAAAAGUGCUAAGUAUACAAUUGUUACAGAAGCAUUUUUUCAUGGGGGGUUCUGAUGAUAUCACUUUUAACUGAGGAUAUUAGCAUACAAAUAUAUUUACAUAUCAUGUCGUAUAUUUAUCUAGUGAUAUGAAAAUUGAAAGUCUUUAUACAGAAUGUGUUCUCAUGUAUCGCUUCAUUGUGUAAAUCAUAACUUUCAAUGCAGAUUCCAGUGGUUUUUUUAUUGAUUCACCACCCAUGCAUUGAAAUGUCUAAUAUUUCUGAUGCAUUGUGGGUUAGAGUGUUUUACCUUCAGACGUCCUUUGUUUUAUACUUUUAUACGUGUUCAUAUCAUAUUCAAUAUUCGCAAUAAAACAUCUUCAUAACUUCCCACUAUGCAAAACUUAUAGAACUGGAACUGUAAUACAUGUCAUUUUGCACUUUUGCCCAAUUAUAAUAAAUUCACCUUGUAAUGAAUGGAAUACGACAUGGAAAGAAGUUUUAAUGAGACCAUGUAUGGUUUAUUCUUUUUUAAAUGGACCUGCUAAAAUUCUGCAACAGUGAAGUUGGUAUAGGCCGAAAAUUUGAAUAUUUGAAAUUAUUUUCUUUGCCUUGAUACAAUGAGAUACAUGAAACCUAGACACAUAUCAUGUUAAGGAGUCCUGUUCCACUCACAUCCUGUAACAAAUUACUGUGGUGAUUACGUGGAUAUGGAAACCUUGAUACCAACACAGAAACUAAGCAUCUUGUGUCUGAAUAUACUGGUUGUCCUCUAUCCAUUUGAAUAUUUUAGUUGAAAUUGACCUUUCUCUUGCCUUAUUCAUCUUGGUAUAAUAGCCUAAAACCCUAUGAAAUCAGAAAUAACAAGGAUGCGACUAUACAAGAUAUUUCUACUUACAGUUCCAACUUUACUAUAAGGAAUGAUACACCUAAGGUACAGUUUCUCUGUCAACAAUGAAGUUAUAUAUCAUAUAUGUAUUAGGCUUAACAAAAUUAAAGAAUUGCUCCACAGGCAAUGGCUUUUGAAAAUAUAGUGUGGGCGGGUCUUUUCUUUUUUUGUUGUUGUUGUUUAAACAAGUAU